ACGACAGUCCUCGCCUGCCCUCCGAUUGGUGGAAUCGGCCGUGCCAAAGGUCAGUGUUUCUUGGCGCCAUUUCCUUGAAGCUGAGGCCGGAGUGUGUUUAGGCGCUUUUUAUUUUAAACAGUGCACAAUUAUAAAUGUGAACAAAGAUAUAUACCAAAAAAACGGCAACGGGCGUCUUUUUAAAUGAUAACAUCAACAUUAGCGAAGGUGUUCGUCAUUUCAAAACACGCGGAGUGUCGCCAAUUUAGUUUGAGAUAUUUUUUUAUUGAUUUUUGUUACAGUAACCGGUUUGCUGUUAGCUUAGCGUGAAAUAACCCUGCGAUAGCUUCAUGUAAGUUAUCAUUUUAAAUAUCGAUAUAUACUUUUACGGUAUGGUCGAUUAUUUAGUGAUUAAAACACAGACAUGUUGCUGCGUGCGCGGGUAGGAUAAAGACACCACGGGGAAGGAAUGGCGGUGUUUUUAUAACUGGACGCGAUCUACGAAAGAGGUGUGCAACUACAAGCAGAUAUGGUUGGGGUAGUGGCAAUGGCAUCUGUGGUUGAAGACUUUGAGACACAACCGUGCAAGAAGCAAAGGGAAGAUGUUGAAACUCCUGCUAAAACAAUCGCCAGCUACUUCCUACCUGUGCCUAAAGCAGUUGAGAAACCUUUCUCUCCCCCGAGAUCGAAUAACAUCAUGUCCUAUUUCAAAAAGACACCCCCAGCAACUUGCAAAAGCACUACACUGGACAAAGCUAAGGAAACGGCAGACCAGACUCCUGAAACCCCGGGAAAGACUAAGACUCACCGCCUCAGCAGAGAGAAGAAGCUGGGUAAAGGGGUGAAUUUGAGCAAGCAGUUGAACAGUAUCCAGAAGAAAAGCUGCGAGGAAGCGGUGGUGAUCGCUGACUCCAGCAAUGACUCCUGCAGUGUUGUGGAGAGCGGUCGCGAGGAGCUAGUCACUGGAAUACUGGGCAGCGACACGGCAGCACUGCUCGCUCAGAUCAGCGCAGACAGCUACGUGAUGGAAGACACCCAGGAAGAGACAACGUCCGGCCAAACCUUGAGAACAGACCUCAAAGAAAAGGUGCUUAAAAUGCCCCCCAAGAAGAGAAAAUACACCAAAAGGAAGCAGAAGGUGAAACCUCAAAGCGAGGAUAAACCCCCACAGGUUUCGCUAGAAAAGCCGCUGAAAGAAGAUGAAGAAGGGAAAGAUGAACCUGCUGUCAAAACAAAGUCCAGAGCAAAGCAGACGGCCCGAAUCCAGGUGUCUCGGGAGUCCGACAGCGCUCCGUGCGAGACGAGCCUGGAAGGGAAUCAGGACGGCGCUUUCAGUUUAAACGACAGCACGGUUACCAUCUCCUUCGAGGAGUUCCUGGAGAGUCAGAAGGAGGGCGGUGCCUCUACGUCCCCGGCAGGCUUGGAGGCUGAACGCAGGGAGGCGGUGGAGCAGAGUCCACCUCUGCAGCUUUCACCCAGGACCGUCACCACCCAAGCACAGGUUCAUCGCGUCUUUCGGCCCCCCGCCUCGGCUGGCCCGGCUAAGAAACCUCAGAAGAAAAUCGCCUCCAUCUUUUGUAAGAACAGGAAAGACGACGAGGUCCAGUUCGUUGAAAUCGGGCAGGUUCCCUGUGAUGAAAACGUGGAGCAGGCAGCCCCCAAAAGAAAGUCGAAUGUGGUGAUGGAGGAAGAGGAGCUGGAACUGGCGGUAAUCGAGACUGCUGCCAGCAGCCCUCUCAAGCCCAAGUGCACCCUGGAGGAGAAGAAGCAGUUCAUGGACGCGUUCAAGAAGCCCACUCUGGACGGGUCCAAGAGCAGACUGAAAAAGGGCCCCAGCAAGCAGAAGGAGGCAACAGAGAAAGCUGUGAACCGACAAGAGGAAGGAGAAAAGAGCGACAGGACAGAAAAAGACGAGGAGAAGGAGUCUGACGCCGUCACUGAAAAGGGCAAGGAUGGGAAGCUGGCCACGGCAGAGAGGAGAGGCAGAAAGCUGACGAAAAGAGGCAGGAAAUGCGCAGCGAAAGCAGAGGAAGAUGCUUCCAACACAGUGACCGCAGAGGAGGUAUCAGGGGCUGGCAAGAAUCUGAAUCCGGAGGAGGCUGUUGAACAGAGAUCUACUGCUGUCACCCCCGUGCCAGCUGAGAAGACUAACAGGAAGCUCACAAGAGGAGGCGCCAAGCAGACGUCCGCUGGCUCAACACCCUCUACAAACAUGCGUCGCGGAGAGCUGGCUGCUCGUCCCAGUAAGCUGUCGCAGGACAGCCCGGUACAGGUAUUGACCCCGAGAAUGAGCAGGCGGAAAGGUGGUGUCUACAGGUCUGAGAUGAUUACAGCCCCCGACGAUACCCAGAGCCCCAUCAGGAUGAGGUUUAGUCGUGUGUUCCCACGCAGCCCUCGAGGAUCUAGAAAGGCUGCUGGUGUUGAAGAAGAUUCAGAAAUGACUCCAAGGAGCAGCAAGAAAAAGAAUACGUUAAAAGCCAAGAAACUGGUUCAGAAAGCCAAGGCUCUGAAGCAGAAGUCGUCCAAGGGUUCUGUGGAAAGCGCUGAGUCUUUAAGACGAUCAUCUCGGCAACAAGAUCUUCCAACGAGAAAGAGCUAUUAUGAGGAUGAGGACUCUGUGGUCAUGGUUGAAGAUUCGAUAGAGGAUUGCAGUCCAGCCUCUGACGUGCUGUCGGCACGGAGGACUCAAAAGAAGCUCCGCAGUUUGAACGAUGUCUUGGGAAAGAAUGUAGCGCCGAAGAACUCUGCUGAUUCCAAAGCUGCUCUUUGUAAGAAGGCACCUAAAACUGGAGUCAUCUCCAUCUUUGAUGACAGCAGUCGCGAUGACUCUGAGAACUCUCAGGGUGAUGAGCAGUUCCGAGCCAAGAGGGACUUCUUAAAGAGUGGUUUGCCCGACACCCUGAAGAGACAGAUUGCUAAAACUGCAGCCAGUCGGGAGGUCUACUCGAUUGCGUGUGCGUCGUUCCAGGCCGUCACGCAUGUAUUGCAGAGAUCUCCGGAGUGUGCCCUGUGGACACUGACGUGGCCUGCGUCCCCUCUGCUGAAGCAGCUGAGAGAAGAUAGUGACGAACUGACAAUAACAAAGGCUGCAAAGUGUGUCGUUUCAUUAGUGGAAUUCACAGAUUUGAAAUCCAGGUCUACGUUUGUCAAACCCACAAUUGAGCUGUCUGGCUGGAGAGUGGAUUUCUCUGAAGAAGUGAGAAAGUGUUUGUUGGAGGAAAUCAGGUCAUCUAACCCACCUUUCCCAGUGCGAAGGUUUUACAAUUGGUUCAUGAAGAAACGCACUGAACACCUUUUACUGCCCAUUGCUGCAGCCCCAGAUCCUGAAGAAGCGUCCUGUUUACCCGUGGACCAGCUGCAGACUGGCGGAAAGAGAAAGCGCUGUGAGGACGGUGGAGAAGAGGACAAGGCUCCCAAGCGAAAGAGGGCGGGCCGCGGGGAGAGUGCUGUGAUUCUGAUCGGUGAUUCUCCUGAAAACGCCCAGGAUAGACCAGCGAGGAGAGGCCGAGGCGCCGCUGCGGAGGAGGCUUGCAGAGAAGCCCCAGUGAAGGGGAGGCUGAGCCGCAGGUCGAGGCGCAAGCAGCAGCAGCAGGAUGAUGUCAUCAUGCUGGAGGACAACAAGCAGCCUGCAGGCGAUGCAGUCAAACAAGAUUCAGUAAAGGAGGAUGUAUUGUGGACCGAGAAAUACCAACCCCAGCACUCCAGUGAAGUGAUUGGCAACUCGGGUGCUGUAAAGAAGUUACACAGUUGGUUGAAAGAGUGGAAACUAAGAGCGGACCGUGAGGAAAAGAAAAAACAGAAGGAGAAGAAACAAGAAAAAGAAAAGAGUGAAGCCUGGGACGAUGAUGAUUUCAAAGAUGACCAGUCGGAGGAUGAGCUCGAGGAUCUUCUGUGUAACACCGUGCUCAUCACAGGGCCCCCUGGAGUGGGGAAGACGGCAGCCGUCUAUGCUUGUGCGCAGGAGCUGGGUUUUAAGGUGUUUGAGGUGAAUGCAUCCUCGCAGCGCAGUGGGAGGCAGAUUCUGUCCCAGCUGAAGGAAGCCACCCAGUCCCACCAGGUUGACAUACAAGGAGUGAACAUGCACAAGCCCAGCUACUUCAGCAGCAGCACUGUCAGCAAGUCUCUAUUCAACACCAUCACCAACUCUCCAAGAAAAGUGAAUUCCCCGCGGAAGGUGGUCUCCUCCCCCAGGAAGCUCCCCCAGUCCCCCCGAGGAGCAGGGCCCAAGAAAGGGAAGCUGGCCCCCACAGCCCUCGCUGACUUCUUCAAUGUCAAGGCAAGAGCCAAAGACAAGGAGAAGGGAAAACCGGGAAAGGAAGAGAAGCACGUGGAUGAAGAAAAGUUGCAGAAGCCCUCCAAAGGGAAGAAAGGGGGCACUCAAGGAAAAGAGGCGCUGGCGACCAAGCCUGCUUCUGAGUACAAGGGAGUGCUGACAGAGGAGCCCAGCAAGAAGACUGCAACGUCUCUCAUCCUGUUCGAAGAGGUCGAUGUUAUUUUUGAGGAUGAUUCUGGAUUUUUGGCUGCUAUCAAGACGUUCAUGGCAACAACCAAGAGGCCUGUAAUCUUAACCACUAGCGAUCCAACAUUUAACUUGAUGUUUGAUGGCUGCUUCGAAGAAAUACAUUUUAAAACUCCUUCUGUGGUUAAUGUUGCAAGCUAUCUGCAACUCCUUUGCUUGACUGAGAACUUGAGAACCGAUGUGAAGGAUUUUUCCUCUCUCCUCGCCUUAAAUAACUGUGACAUCCGGCAAAGCCUGCUCCACCUGCAGUUCUGGACCCGGACUGGAGGGGGCAGUCUUGUGGAUCGGCCGCUCUCUGUUCCAGCUGUAACGGAGUCUCAUGUUGAGAAGCAUGGUCCUGUGGUGAGAACUGGUGCUAAACAGAGUUCAGAGAGCAAACCUGUGUGUCUGCAGCCUAGGGAGGCUGUUCUGCGUGAUGUGCCAAAAUGUGACGUGGGCUGUUCUGAAAAUCUGCUGGGUUUACAGAAUAUAGAGUAUUCACAGGAUCUGCUCUCUGUGCUUCAGCAUAAGAUCUCCACUGCAGGGGACUGGAGUAAACUUCUCCAGCUGCUUGCAGAGUGCCGGGGGACGAGGCUGGAUUUCACGUACAGCAAUCUGGAGCUGCUCCUGCCGUUGCCAGUGAAGUUCCUGCCUGAAUCCAGUGAAAAGCCUCCGGCUGAGGAGGCUGAUCCCGAACCCGAACCCUUGGCACUUUCCCAGAAGGCUGAUGUUCCUCUGGAGGGUGUCGUCUCUGCAGAGCCCAGCCCUUUGAAAGUCUCCUCGAGGAUGAAGAGGAAACGAAGGCUGGAGCUGCUGCUGGACGACCGGGAUCCGUUUCAGUCUGAUUCAGACUCUGAGGACAGCUUCCAAUCACUACCUCCAACAGCCCCUACCUUGCACGCCAAGGAAAACCCCAUUCAUUCAGACGCUGCUUCUAAGCCAGCUUUUGUAAAGCCCGUAAAGAAACCCCAAACUCCAGCGGAACACACCUGCUCCCAGCUUGUAUCCCAGUGCCUCGAUUCCUUAUCCGAGUUCCUGGACCACAUGUCGUUCUUGGAUUCUUCCCUUCUCAAGGAAGCUGUGGAAAAGGAGGGGCCUUGCAAAUGGGAUCAGUCUCGCUGGUCCGCUGCAGAAAUUAAGAACGGACUGUCAGACGAGAGGCGGUCAGAGCGUUGCGACUGGAGGAGUUCUCGGAGCUCUGCGGAGAUCAAAGUGGCAGUGGAGUGGCUGAGUUUUCAGAAGUGUCGGACAGUUAUUUCGGAGGCGAUGGACAGCACGCUGAGCCGGUGUAAAGAACUGGGGAAGGAUCCCACGGAGGAGCUGACCCUUCCAGUCUCCGCACACAGAAACGGAGUGAGCUUCAUUCAGAGUGCGCCCUGUAAACCAAGCAGCGUGGUGCACAAGAGAUCUGAAAUAAUGAAGACUGUGUUCUCCAACAAGUCCUUUAUCAGUCAGGGUAACAGACAGGCUGCCGUGGUGGACUACCUGCCUACGCUCAGGGGCAUUUGCAGAGCCGAAAAGUUGAAAGAAGAAUGCAGAGUAAAGCGAAGAUUUCUGCACUACUUUAAGGGAAUGAACCUUGAUCUCCCCAAACAAACUGUAGAUGCUCUGGCAGCUGACUUUCCUUAAAUCCCGAGGAAAUCCCGAGGAAAUCCCGAAGAAACCCACAGAACUGUGCCUGGAGCGGGCUUUGGUUGCUCCAGACAUCAGAGCUGCAAUCACAAUCUGUUUCGUCGUUUGUGAAAAGUAAUAUUUGUAACGUGAUACUUUUUUGGAGAAUGUACAGUUUAUAUAUAUUCUGUAAGUCAUGAAUGUUUUUUUUUAUUUUUAUUGGAGCAUUAUAAAGGUUUUGUUACCAAUGCAAGUUGCCUUUUCUGUAGAGUUGUUUUAUUGUGUACUGUUGGGGAUUGCGCAUGGCAUUUUAUGAACAUGUGUGUGACCUUAUUUUACUUGCACAAAUAAAAUUUACAUUUGCUAUCUGGCAGCAACCAGCAUUUUAAAAAAAUCUAUUAAUCCUGUAAUUAUGCAUUUGUUUUAUUAUAUUUUUAUAUUGAAGAAUGUAGCAUUUCUAUCAUUUUAAUGUAAAAUAAAUAAAAAAUAGAAAUCUG